AUGAGAGGACAGCACUUCUUUACCACGUUCCAACUUCUGGUCAGCCAUGUUUUGAGGACGGUGUGGGCGGUAUUGAGCAACAAUUACAUCAAUGUGCUCUUGCUUGCAGUUCCGUUUGGUAUUGCAUCGGGCGCAGUGGGCUGGCCUCCGAUCGCAACCUUCGUCCUAAACUUUGCAGCCAUUGUUCCUUUGGCAGCGUUGCUUUCCUUCGCUACAGAAGAGCUCUCUGAAGCAGUUGGACCUGCCAUUGGCGGUCUACUCAAUGCUACAUUCGGCAAUGCCAUCGAACUCAUCGUGUCCGUCAUUGCCCUCCAAAAGGAUCAGUUCAGACUCGUCCAAGCUAGCAUCCUCGGCUCUGUGCUUGUCAACAUCCUUCUCGUGCUUGGAUGCUGCUUCAUUGCUGGCGGAAUUCGCAAUAGAGAGACACGAUACGACCCAACACUUGCCAGCAUCAUGUCCUCUCUGCAGACCCUUGCAUCGGCUGCAAUGAUCGUGCCCACUGUGCUGUACUGGAACGUUCAAAAAUCACCAGCCGGCCAUACCAUCGACGUGAUGGACGUCUCGCGCGGUACUGCAAUAGUCCUCAUCGUCCUGUACAUCUUCUACCUUUACUUCCAGCUCUUCUCGCACUCCGACCUCUUCAGCGACGAUCCUGACGAGAAAAAAGACAACGAUACGGCAUCCGAGCACCAAGAAGCGGAAGGAAAUAACCAAACCAAAUCUCAAGGAGGCGAGAUUCUGGGUCCUGUUGGUGCCGUCACCUGCAUGAUUUUGACGGUAAUCGCAGUAGGUUUCUGCGCUGAAUUCCUAGUCGACAGCGUCGAUUCAAUCGUGGAGCAAACAAACAUGACCAAAACCUUCAUCGGCAUCAUCCUCAUCCCCAUCAUCAGCAACGCAGCCGAGCACGUCACGGCCGUCAUCGUUUCCUGGAAAGGCAAAAUGAACCUAGCUCUACUCGUAGACCUCGGAAGCGGCAUGCAAAUUGCGUUAUUCGUGACUCCGCUACUCGUCCUCAUUGCCUGGGCCAUGGAUAAGCCUUUGAGUCUACACUUUCAACUAUUCGAGACGAUUGUGUUUUUCUUGUCGGUUUUGGUCGUGAAUUUUUUGAUUCGGGGUGGGACGUCGAAUUAUUUGGAAGGCUGUAUGAGUGUGGGGUGGUAUGUUAUUAUUGCUUUGGCUUUUUAUUAUUAUCCGGAUUCGUAGUGAGGUGAAGGGAGAAAGGAAGGGAAUUUGAAAUGGUAUUGUGAUCUGGACUUUUU